AUGACCAGCUCCAUGGAUCUUCGAAUGUGCUUUGGUUCGAAGAUUCCAUACUAUAUUCGACUUUUGAGCAACACUCAGUUCCUCCCGUCGCAUCUGUUCAUCCGUUCCGAUCAUCCGCGAAGCGACCAUAUCGAUAAGCAGCCCGAAGAAGUCAGCAGCGCAACGAGUCUCCUUGCCGACUUCUGA